GAGCUCUUUCGGUUCAUUUCCUUCCGCUAUCGACCAAUAACAAAAAAAGAAGUUGUAUACUUCGUAACAUCCACACCAUGUCUGCUACUCCCGUCUUCACCAAGAACGCAGCGCCGCCUGCUGGCCCCUACUCCCAGGCCAUCAAGACCCCCACCGCCAUCUAUUGCUCCGGCCAGAUUCCCUGCGAUGUCGAGGGCAACUUGGUAGAGGGCACCAUCCAGCAGAAGACUGCGGCCUGCAUUGCCAACCUCAAGGCCGUGCUCGAGGAAGCUGGCUCGUCUAUCGAGAAGGUGGUCAAGGUCAAUGCCUUCCUGACCGACAUGGACAACUUUGCUAGCAUGAAUGAGGAGUAUGCAAAGUGGUUCGUCCACAAGCCCGCCCGCAGCUGUGUCGCCGUGAAGCAGCUGCCCAAGGGGGUCGACGUCGAGAUCGAGUGCAUUGCCCUUCCUUGAGACCCCAAAGAGGCGUCACCUUAGUGCAGAACCAUAGACAACCUGGAAACCAAGGUGGAAAAGUU